AUGCCAGCGGAGUCGGCCAAAAAACCAGCUCGCAAAACCCCAAAGACCUAUCGCACGAGCAGGCGCACACCUCCCAAGGUCCAAAAUGUAGAGUCCUCGCAGCGCGAUGACGCCUACGAAGCGACGACUGUCCAGGAUCGCAUUCGGCAAUGGCAGGCCCAGGGUGCUGCAGAAGCUCUCGCUCCAGAUGCGGUGAGCGUGCGAUCAAUUCCGGCUUCUGAAUGUCCCUCAAGCGUUACUAGACCGCGGUCUGAACACGGAGAUGAGUCUAGUGUGCGAGGCGAUGGAGGUACUAGGGAGAAAAGCGAGGGCGUUCGAGACAAAGCCAGGAGUAAGAGUGCUCCACGGCGCCGCAUCGUCAGUGAUGAGCACUGGAAGAGCAAGGAAGACGCCAGAGACAAAGCCUCUAAACCAACGAACAGUCGACGCCCAGAGUCUCGUCGAUACGAUCCGUCCUAUACAUCCAAUCAAGAGAGAUCCAAGGAAUCUCGCCGCUCAAGGUCGCAUCAACAACUACCGACAGACGGCGAGAUCAAAACAGCAAUUCCAUUUGACGACGGUAUCAGAGUCAAGCCGCUGGACCACGAGGGACCCCAACCUGCGGAGGAUUCACAGUCCUAUGGAGACGUGGAAAGCAGAGCGGAUGAUGAAUUGGCCCGCCAUUUGACCAUGGAAUCCAUGAUUCCUUGUGAUCACGAAAAGUACUCUGAGGGAUCGAUCAGAGCGAACGAUGACGACACAAGUCCACGCAAAUCCAGCAGAUAUGCGGAAUUGCUAGGCAGGGGCGGAGAUGCAGUUCAAGCCAUGGAGUUGCCGAAAGCCAGAAGAGGUGGACUUCUCGGCAAAACGCGAGGUAAGAUUAUGAAGUCGGAAACUCUACUACCGGUCAACAAUCGCAUACCCAGUAUCGAGGCAUGGCUGGAUGAGCAACCUGACCCCUUUAUGGAUAACGGCGAUCGAGAAGAUCUGCCACCAGUGGAAGUGCCCAAGCCGUUGCGGAAACGGGCACAUCGAAAGAGAACAUCGGAGGCAAAGCCUGGAUUGGCAGAUCCGAAUCAAAUAUGGGACUCUAUUUCCACACCUGUCGAACCUGGACCCCCUGAUACUUCGAAACAACUUGACUCAGUAACCUCUCCGGACGGAGAUCGAGAAUCCGCUCCAAGACUCCGCAAUCGUCGGAAAGCCGACCAAGAUGACGAUGAUGGGUCUCCAUCAUCGCUGCGGCGGAGAGGCGCGAAAGUGCGCCGACGGCGCGAUAUUUCCACAAAAGACAUGAUGAACAGUAGAGAUGAUCCGGAAGCAGCUGGAUGUUUGGCUGAAGAUCCUUCACUUGAGGAGCCGACAACCGCAUCCACGAGUCCGCCUAACCGACGUUGUCCUCCUGUAGGCGGACAUCAGCCCGCAACAACUGCAUCCCCCGAGACUUUCAGAGAGCCGCCCCGUGAGCAGCGCCCUGACCCGCCUGUACCCCAAGAAAGUAAUGGACUCAGGCGCAAGCUUACCACUCAUGAAGACCUAAUGUCAGUCCUGUCUAUGCCAAGAGGAAGCAGAAACCGCCGAUCAGCACGGGCCGCAAGAAGAUCACGGGUCAAACAGCACUCCAGCUCUGCGAGGGAGGUACUGUACGGGCUGUCGGUGGAUGAACAGAAGUAUGCACGAGAACUGCAGACCCUUGUCGAUGGUGUCAUUCCGGUUCUUCUCCAAUGUGCAUUGUCUAGAACCAACUCAGCUGCGGCAGCCGAAUUGUUUCUCUCGUCGGAUAGCGGCUCGGACGAGAUGAACAUGACAAAAUCGAUCGUCGAGAUGGGUAUCGCAUUGGAGAGACUGAAAACCCUCCACAAGCGGAUUCCCCUCGGGGACAUGGACAGCCUACUCAGUUGGGCAAAAACCUCAGAAAGGGCGUACCGGGACUAUCUACAUGCGUGGAGACUCGGCUUUGAGGAUGUUGUUGUGAACCUUGCUCCUAUUAACAGUUCCACUCCUCCCGAGCAAGGCAUUUCCCGGGAUGAGGCGGGUGACCUGGUAGACGGAGAAGGCAAGAAAGCGGAUGUGGCUUACCUGCUCAAAAGACCGCUGGUCAGGGUCAAAGCCUUCAGCAAGGCCUUCACUCGCAUUCGAGAUCAGUCCGACCUAGCCCUUGCGGUCCAGAUGGCGACUACCUAUGCGGACCUGACAGCGCUAGCCAGAAGGCGAAAUCAAGAAGAACAAGCACGACUGGAAGACAACCUUGCGGCGAAUGUUGACGCAACGAAGUCGCGUGACAUACGUACAAUGGCGGCAAUGACCCAAGUCAACGUGAACAGGACCCGCCGGGUGAAAGCGCGAGACUUCUUCAAUCUCACCGUGUACCACUCAAGCGGGCAGAGACUGGACUGCGGCAUUGAAUUGGUCUUUCGAGACAAUGCCCGUGGCGAUCCGGUUGGGGGAGAUGUGCUUGUUUGCGAAGUCGACGACACGAGUAAAUGGCUCCUCUUUGCUCCCAUCGAGCUGAAUUCCGUGUCCGCGAGACGUGGAGAGGAAGGAUUCGACCUUGUCAUUAUGGUUCGGGGCCUGGCCGGCUUAGGCAAGGAAUGGCAUGAGCUGCUGGCUCUGAAGACUGACGACAAGGAGGCUGUGACAGAAUGGAUGAAUAUGCUUGGUUCCAACCCGUUGCCUCCGAGGCUGAAUCGCACCCCCGAUUUUGUGCAUCCACCUGCGCCUUUGGCCGUCACCGCAGCAUUUGAAUCUCGUCCUGAGCAAGCGGACGCGCACAGUCAGAUAUCGGAUAAGGCAACCACCGUGGAACAGUUGGACGUCCCCAUCGGUGAGCCAUCUGUCCUCGGAGCCCACAGCAAGCCGAGCCGUGGGUCUAAACCUAGCAUCCCUAUAGUCCACGUGCCGUCGCCAGGACUGAGUUUAGGAGGCGGACUGGCGCCGAAACCUGUCCCGCAAUACCGCGUGCCGCCAACCACAAUAACAAGGAAGCCUGUGCCAUCAGCGGUGUCUUCCGAUCGGUCCACCAUUUCGGAUCGCUCACUCAGAGAUUCCGCGACAAUUCUGACCACGUCGUCGAAAACAACAUCAACAAGACCUGGAUAUCUGGCAGGUCACGCAGAAAAGUCCGAGGCGUUUAGAUCUUCCCAGCCGCCAAUCAUACAACAAGCAUCCGAAGAGACGAGAACGCAGACUCAGAGCGCCAAUCACAAAGGCGUCUCGAAAACUCUGAAAGGAGCGCAUGCCUCUGACGGAUGGCCAUCUUCUCCAGUCUCUCAUCACAACCAAGCUCCGAAGUCGACCGCUGCAACAGCUUCGCCUCAGGAGUCGCAAACUCUCAAGCAACACUCCACCACCCCGUCCCCUUUGCCUACAACAGGACUCGAAGCACCCGUACAAAGGCCUGCUUAUCAUCGAGCAGUGUCAUCAACACCAUCAAAAGACCUCCCUACUGUCAACAAGCUUCGCAUUCAACCCGCUCACCAGAAGCCGUCCUCGGUGCAGACAGUUCAACAAUCACCUGAGGUGCAACGGCUGUCACCGCAGGAAGACCAGUGGGCACAUCAAUCGAACCGUGGGCAGAAGGGCUCAACGAAGAGCAAGAUCUAUACAGAAGAUAUCCCACCACCGCCAGUCCACAACCAACGUCAAGACCGACCCGUGCGACUCAGUCUUGGUGCUUCCCCCUCUCCGCCAUCCACUCCCCCUCAACGCUCGGGCAUCCUCCUGCCGAUAUCAAAUAACAACCCAGGCCUCGUUCCAAAACCUACACCGAGCCCGUCCGAUAAAACGUUAAAACCGCGGACGUCAUCACCUCUGAAGCAUGAAUACGCGCCAUCCACAAGCUCUGGCAGCUCUUCCGACUCCGAUUCCGAUAGCGAGAGUGAUACAUGUUCGGACACGUCGGAAGAUGUGGUAUCCGAGCAUGGAGAUGUACCGACCCCUCUUGUUGCGAUCACUGGCGCUGAUCGUCGAGCAUCUAAGCCGUCCAUGCCUCCCCCGAUGCCACCAUCGUCGUAUCAGGGUACAGGCACCUCUACAGGAACGCGCACGCUGGCCCCCUCGGAUUCAGCUUCUCAAGGGCCAUAUCGCAGGGUUCCCUCUUCUGCUGCAGCCCCAGCCCACAAGAAGUCGAGGACAAUCGCAUUGAUCUGCUCGUGGUCAGAUAGAGGCAUGUGGGAACAGAUCCACCCCGACGAGUGCUCCAUCGUCAUAUCUCCAGGUUUAAUUGAGGCCUUUGAAAUGUCAGCAGCCCACUCCGUCCCGCAAAGCCGCCCUACAGACGACUCAGAUUCGAGGGCGUCCUCGCCAGGUCAACAACCACUUGUGGCUUUCGAGCUGACUCCCAUCGUCCCACUACGAAGAGGAACUGCGUUGGACAUUUCUAUCCGGUCACCCCCGACUCCAAAUUCUAAGAUCAGGAUAACCAACAAUGUCAUGUUUCGGUCACGCAACCCCGAAGAGUGUGAAGCACUGUACGGCAUGAUCAACUGGGCGCGUUGUAACAACCCGACUUACAUCCAACUUCAAAAUGCACGUCCGGCUCGGCAACCGUCAGUCACCUUUAACGUUGGGCAAGCUUCACAUACACGCGCAAAGUCGAGUUCGUGGUUCAGCUUCGGUAGUCAGAAGAAGUCAAGUUACCGCGCGUCGUCUGCACCGACGCCCGCGUCGGUCGACUUUUCGGUCGAGAGCUCGGGUACCACGACGAGUGCGUUCUCCGCCUUCAAGAGAUUCAGCGUUAGCAACGCUUUCAAUCUGAACAGGUCAUCGGUCCUUCGCAAGGAAGGCGGAGUAGGCACACCCGGCUCGCUGUACUCUUCCAGCAGCGGCACCCGCACCGGCUCGGGUUCCAGUACUCCGGCUCCCAGCCAAGCUGGCUUUAUUCCCGGCCACGACGGACCCAAUGUUCCAUCUACCAGCGCAGCCGCGGCCGAAGGGGGAGGCAUGGUCAACAACAUGAAGAUCCGCCUCUACGUCAGAAAAGGCCAGCACUGGGAGAACCUAGGAGCCGCCCGGCUGACUGUGCUACCUUCGGCGUCCCCGCCACAAAGCGGCCAAACGACCUCCAGGCAUUCAGGAGUUCUUGCGGGAGCCUCUUCUCCACCCGCCACGCCGGCCCACUCCCAUUCCCGCUCAGCCUCGAACCUUACUCCCGUGGGACAGCCCUCUAUCACCCGCGGGCCCCGCCUCCCCAGCUCCAGCCACACGCCGCACCGCGUUCACGGGAACGGGCGCGAAAAGCGCAUCCUCAUCACGCGGAACAAGGACCGCGACGUCGUCUUGCUCGACUCGGUGCUCGGGGAGAGCUGCUUUGAGCGCGUCAUGCAGACGGGCGUGGCGGUCAAGGUGUGGAACGAGGACGAGGUCAUUGCGCACACGGGCGGUGUGACGUUGGGUAAGGAGAGGGUGUAUAUGCUCCAGUUCGCGGGGGCGAGGGAGGCGGGGUGGGUGUUUGGGCUGGUGGGGACGUAUAGGUAUGGGGCUGGUGAGUGA